AUGUCGUCAAAAACUAGAUAUUACCUGGAACAAUGUAUUCCAGAAUUAGAUGAUUUGGUAGACAAGAAACUGUUUACCAAAAAUGAAAUCUCUAAGAUCAUGAAAAAGAGAACCGAUUUCGAACAUCGUUUGAAUUCCAGGGGCUCUAGUACUAACGAUUACAUGAAGUACAUUGCAUACGAGAAUAAUGUGGAGAAAUUACGUAAGAAACGUGUGAAGAGAAUCUUACAAUCCGGAAAGACAAACAGUAUAUCAGAUUGGUCCAUUGGACAAAGGAUUACGUUUAUUUAUCAAAGAGGAACGAACAAGUUUCCUCAAGAUUUAAAGUUAUGGGCAAUGUAUCUACAAUACCUAAAGACCAGGGGUGCAGAAACUUCUUAUAAGAAAAUACAUGCUGUAUACAAUCAAUUAUUAAAAUUGCAUCCAUCUAGUGUGGACGUAUGGAUUAGUUGUGCCAAAUAUGAAUAUGAAGUUCAUGCCAACUUCAAGAGCUGUAGAACAAUUUUCCAAAAUGGUUUGAGAUUCAACGGUGAUUCAGCAAAGUUGUGGUAUGAAUACAUCAAAUUUGAACUAAAUUUUAUUACAAAAUUAUUAAAUCGUAGAAAGGUCAUGGGCUUAAUUAAUGAAAGAGAACAGGAAUUAGAUAUGUUGAAUGAUGAAAAUAAGAACGGUAAUGACGAUGAUAGUCUUAAAUUACCAAGCACUGGUGAUGCUAUGAAGGAUAAAUUGAAUGAAUUACCUGAAGCAGAUAUAAAUAUGUUGGGCAACACAGAAACAAAUCCAGCUCUUCGUGGGGAUAUUGCUUUAACCAUCUUUGAUGUGGCCAUUGAAACUCUAGGAAAAUAUUAUGUUAAUAAACAUAAAGGUUACUAUGUUGGUACAAAUACGGACUUCGAAAAGCAACUGAAUAGGGAUGCUGUUGAGGUAUUGUUUAAGAAAUCGGUUGAAUAUAUCGCUCUAUUUGACAAAUUUGAUGAUUUAGAUAGAUUAUAUUUGAUUAACCAUGUAAUCCAAUUCUGGAGAAGUGAACAUUUCGGUAUUAAUUUAGAAACAGACUGUCCUGAAUUAUACAUCGAGACAAUAUAUUUGGAUAUCAUAUUAAAUGUUAGAUAUAUGACAGUGGAAAACUUAAACAUCGAUGAGUUACAGAUGUCGGUGAAGAAAUACAUGGCGUACUCUAAUAAAUUGAGUCUGCCAGUUGUGAAAUCAACUCAAAUUAAAUAUAAGGAUUAUAUUAAAGAAACAUUCCUAGAUGCGAUGGAAAAAGAAAAUGAUCCAAGAUUUAGAAUAUUAGAAAUGAUAUACAAUAAAUUAUAA